AUGGAGUCUAUUGUAACGAAAACAAAUUUAACAUUAUGUAAAUUCAAUUAUUUUCAAGCAUGUUGGUGUUCAUCGACAAAUGCAAAUUUAUCAUCAUGUAAUUUUCUCUUACGCUAUGUGACAUCGAAUUCAAGUCAUAUUUGUAUAUGGCACAUUAUUCGUGAACUCAUCGAAUGUUUUGAUAUAUCUGUUUUAAAUCGAACAGUGUCAAGUACAAAAUCGUCCAUAUUGAGUAAUUAUCAAAAUCACACUUAUUUUCCAUCAUCGUUUUACUCUUAUUGCACUAUAAUAUUGUUUAUCAUUGGUUUGUGUGGUAACGGAUUAUCAAUUCUUACUCUACUAUCAAAAUCAUUAAGGAAAUUAAAUGUAUAUCGAAAUUUGGCUGUUAUUUGUAGUUUAAACAUUAUAUAUUUAAUAUCGAUAUUUGUUCGUUAUAACAAUAUUUAUAAACAUGAUAUACGAAAAUUAUCGGUUGAAAUAUGUCGUCUUCAUUCAUUUCUUGUUGCUUAUGUUGGCCAUUUAUGUUCAUGGCAAUUGUGCUCAAUGUCAAUUGAACGAGUCUAUGCUCUUCUUAGUCUACAAUCAUAUCGUCCCACAUCAUGGAUACGUACCGCUCUUUUAUUUUUAAUGAUUGCAAUACCAUUAUUUCUAUUUGAUGGUCAACUACUAUUCAGUUAUGGUUUAAAUUCAAAAAUAAAGUCCAUUUGUCCAUUUAACGUUAUAGAAAAUGUGACAAACAAUGAUAACAACAGCAAUGAUCGCGAUGUGUCCGAUCAUUUUCAAAAAGCAUUACGAUAUCCAAUUAACUUAUCGUCAACAAUAAUCAAUCAACCAUAUAUAUAUUAUACGACAUCAACUCAGAAAAUGUUUUUCGAUGCUCCGAUCAAACAACGUCAUAGAGUAGGAUGUGUGCUAUGGAAUAUUUAUGAUGGAUUUAUUUAUGCUUUAAUUCCAUUUAUUAUUACAACCAUAUGUAGUUUCAUUAUCGUUCUCAAAGUAUGUGAAAGACGACGUUUAACAGUUAUUACUGGUGGGAAUCGACAUAGAGGGCAGAAACAAACAACAUUUAAGAUUUCUGAUAAAUGA